GUUUAGGGUUGUGCGCUUUCUAGGGCUGUGCCAGUGUCGUACGAGCGCCCACCUGAACGCAUUUUCACGACGUUAGCCCGGCGCUGAAAAAAUCUAGCCCUACUUUCUCGGAUGUUGCUGUAUCGGCUCUGUGUGGUUUCUCUUCUGUUAUGUGCAGUAAUGGCCAGGAGAGGUGGAUCCACAGGAGGGAGGGGAUCGUCGCGAUCCCGCAUAUCUAUCUCCCACAAAUCGCCGUCACGAUCAGGUUCAGCUGGUCGGUCGUGGUUUUCCGGAUCAGGUUCUUCUUACCGAUCUUCGUCACAUCAUUAUCAUCAUUACUCUUCAUCAUCACGGUUCAGAAAGCUAUAUUCCUCAUCCGGCUCAGCUGAACGUGCAGCGUUGUUCCGUGGAGUACUGUUCGCUGCAACUGCUGGCUAUCUCAUCCAUCAAGGAGAGAAAUACUACAUCAAUGAAUCUGACACACCUAUAAUAUUCGAUGACCGUCCAUACUUCUGGAGCAGUGAACUUCCUUCCGAUACUUACCGAGGAGUUUCCUGUGCUGUGCGUGAACAAGAUUGACCCAGAGGACAAACAGUUUGGCCAAAUAUACAACGAGAAUGGAACACGCAUGACUGAAAUCGCUUAUCCAUGUGCUGAAGGAGAAUCUUGUUGUGGGUACGAUUGCUGCUACGAACGAUCCUUCUGGUUGGAACUUCUGUGUAAAAUAGUAUUAUGGGUGCUCUCGUGCUUGGUUCGGUUUGUGGUUCUUCCCAUGGUUGUCGUCGGGAUCGUCCUUCUUUUAAAAUGGAUGUACGACAAAUGUAGUGAUUUGUGUAGGCAAUGUCGACGUACGAGACUCUGGGAACUGGUGCCGCUCAGAUCAUGAAAGGCAUAGUUUGCUUGCUUUCUUAACAUUUCUCUUCUCAUAUCUAAUUUGAGAAUUUUUACUUGUAAUGUCGUCAAUGUCGUCAAUCUCUGCCAUAUCUUUUCUGUGAUCAAAAAAGGGUUGUGCUACCUUUUAUACACGGGUUUCAAGAAUCUGCAGACACUGAAACAUCCAGAUGGCUUUACUAUUUAUUGUACUG